AUGGUUUCUGCUACUUUCCUCACUGUCCUCACUGCGCCUUCCGUUCAGGCUGCGCCUACUCCUUUGGGAGCAGACACUCCCGCUGUAACGAAAGCUACCACUCCUCUCAACGCGACUGACGACGCUAAACGUCGCCGUAAUGUCACCUCGCUCGAUGUCACUGGAUCAGACGCUCCUGUCAACGUAGGUGGACCCGAGCAUCCAGCCUGCCCAGCCAAUAAGCCUCAGAGUGGUGCUGCCGACAGCCUCCAUGCCAACCUCGACGCCGCGGUUGGAGCCCCACCACCACCACUGUACUCUCUGCCGGACGUAUUGCGGCUGCUGAUGACGUCAAAUCUACUCUACUCUGCAAUCGUCUUUCUUCCCCUGAUCCCCCUUUGUAGGUUGCGGUUGAAGGGAUCUUGCGCCCCGAAACGGUAUCGGUUUCAGGCUCUUACCGCUGGUCGGGAUGGUGCCACGGCUCAAUGUGGUGCUGCGGCGCCUCUGGGUACGGGCAUUAUUAGCGGCGUCACUGUUCUCCUGCGGCCACCUCACCUAUUGCCAAUGCUUGCUGACAAGGCUAAUUUUCGGCGAUUCGUGUGCCGCUUGUGA